AACGCCUGUUAUUUUCUUUACUGCGUAGUAAGAUGGGUCCGAUUCUGGUGGUGGUUUUGGUGUUGAUGUUGGCGGCGGCGAAGGUGGGGGCGACCUCCAUGCCGGGCGGCCUCAGCCCCGUGGCUACAGAUGACCCCGGGGUUCUGAACGCAAUCGGGGUGGUGGAGGAGGACUUCAACCGCAGGUCCAACAACGAGCUUCACACCGCGGUGUCGAAUGUGAUAUCUGCCCAAAAACAGGUGGUGUCGGGGUUAAUGUACCACCUCUCCCUGGCGCUGAGAACCACCGUCUGCAGGAAGGUUGAACCUCGUUCAGAGAACUGCCCCUUUCACCAGGACCCUCAAUAUGCCAAGAGAACGACCUGUAGAUAUAAAGUCUGGUACCGCCCGUGGAUCGGGCACAUGGAGGUGAACAGUGCUGAAUGCCACGAGGUGUUACCAUGACCGGACUGUAGGACCCUGGGGCGCACACAGCUCUGCGAAAGCAAUAAUACUGAUCAGCACUUUACCACAGCCCCGGGCGCCUACGUAACCGAGGGCCAGAUCGCCCCACAGCCUCUGCUCGACCUUUAUCCGUUCUAUGCUCAGCAGUAUUUGCGUUUCAACUCACGGGCUGACCAGUUAUUACCAUAAUUGUAUAAUUAAGCUGCAAAUGUACAUGUUUUUUAAUCUUGCACAAUAAAGCUUUUGCAUUCUGA